CCGGAAGUGACACCAAAGCGCCCGCCUUCCCAAUAUGAACGCUUCAUAGUUCUGCAGGGUCCCCAAGGUUAUUAUGUGCAUGUGAGGUGCUCGCGGUGGUCGUGUCUAGGGUGCUGCGGUUGUGACGGGAGCUCGAGAGCAUUGUUAUUUGAGAACACGAUGGAUCAAGCCAGGACAACAAUUUCAAAAAUCUUCAAUGGGGAGCCGCGCUCCUAUACUCGCUUUAACCUGACCCAGAACAUGGAGGGUGACAAUAGCCAUGUGGAGAUGAAGCUCUCAUCUGACAUGGAUGAUGAAAUGGAGGCUAACGGUGUUGGGGAAAACGUGAACCAACAUAAUCGUCCAUAUUACCCCAGCAAGCUGAACCAGCAUUCUCCCAAAACAGUCUGCGGAUUUGUCAUUGCCAUUCUGUUCCUCUUCAUUAUUGGAUACCUCAUUGGUUACCUGUCUAAUAGAAGCACAGACAAAACUGAAAUCAGUUCAGAUUGUCCGGUUUUUAGUGAGAUUGCUCCAGUGAGAGCAGAAGCAGUUUAUUCAUUGGACUGGAGCGAUCUCAGGGCAUUGCUGAAAAAGAAACUGACAACUGACAACAUUAACAGCAACCUCAAGGAAUUCUCUAGUGCCAGUCACCAGGCGGGAAGCUCAGGUGAUGAGGCGCUUGCUAAUAAAAUCAUGGGAAAAUUCAAAACUUUUGGAAUGAACCCCUGGACCGACGAGCACUAUGUGAAAGUCCAUGAACCUGCUGACUCAAAAAACAGAGUGCUGUUUCGUGGUAACGUUGUGGGAACAACCGAGGGAUAUUUGGCAUACAGUGCAGUUACUACAGUGCAGGGAGCAGCUCUGUAUGCCCAUUAUGGACGGGCAGAGGACUUCAGACGCCUAAAAGAGCUGAAUGUUGAUGUGAAUGGAAAGGUUGUCUUGGUCAGAGCUGGACUACUAAGUUUCGCUGAAAAGGUUGCUAAUGCUGCUAACUUGAAUGCUAGUGCUGUGCUAAUUUAUCCAGAUCCUGUUAAUUACGAAAUUAAUGAAGACACUGCUCUUUUUGGCCAUGUCCAUCUUGGCACUGGUGAUCCCUAUACUCCAGGAUUCCCUUCCUUUAAUCAUACCCAGUUUCCCCGGGCUAAGUCUUCUGGCUUGCCCAGCAUUCCGGCCCAAACUAUCACCAUAAAGCAGGCUAUUGAGAUCAUGAGUAAGUUGGGAGGUCGGGCUUCACCUGAUGGCUGGAGUGAUGGGAUGCUCCGGGAUACCAUGUACAAGCUCGGCGAUGAUAGCGACAAUAUCACCGUGGUAGUGAGCAAUUCCCUAGUUGAGAAAAAAAUCCACAAUGUGUUUGGAGUCAUUAAAGGUUAUACGGAUGCAGAUCGUUAUAUGGUGAUCGGAGCCCAGCGAGAUGCAUGGGGCCCUGGAUUUGCCAGAAGCACAGUUGGCACUAGUUUACUGGUGGAGUUGGCCAGAACUAUUACAGAUAUGAUCAAGAACGAUGGAUUCAAACCAAAGAGGAGCAUAGUGUUUGCUAGCUGGAGUGCUGGUGAAUUUGGUAGUGUUGGGGCCACAGAGUGGUUGGAGGGCUACCUGACCUCCUUGAAUUUGAAAACGUUUUCUUACAUCAGCCUUGAUGAAGUUAUUUCAGGUUUUGACUCUUUCAAAGCAACUGCCAGUCCAUUGCUGUAUGGGUUACUAGAGAGCACUAUGAAACAGGUCUCAUCUCCAGUUGAUGCAACCAAAUCCUUGCAUGAACAGUUUGCUGGAUCCAGCUGGGAGAAGUCUGUAAUGGAGCCUAUGGGUUUGUCUCACUCUGUUUAUCCAUUCCAGAGCUUUUCGGGUAUCCCAUCACUUUCCUUUCGAUUUACUUCCAGUUCAAAGUCAUACCCGUUUGGCACUUUUGAGGAUACUGAUCAAAAUCUGGAACGGUACACUUCCUUCAACACUCUGAAACUGGCCAAGACAGCAGGCGAGGUGGCUGGGCUGGUUACUCUUCGGCUGGUACACGACCACUUGCUCAAGCUGAAUGUGGAAAAGUAUACCAGUGUCAUCCGCAACUAUGUGUCCCAGAUCAGGUCUAAAGUUGAAUCACGGCAAAUGUCGGGCCGCCUUCCUUCCACUGUGACGAUGCAGUGGCUUCUGUCAGCUCAGGGGUCGUACGAUCGUGCUGCAAGCGCACUUGUUUCUGCCAUCCGGAACAGUGAUCUUGAAGACAUGGAGCAGUGUCGCAUCAUCAACAAUCGCAUUAUGAGGGUGGAAGGAAGUCUCCUCUCUCCCUACGUUUCUCCACGGGAGAGUCUGUUCCGGCACAUUGUGCUGGGCUCUGGCUCGCACACACUGACAGCUCUGGUGAAUCACCUUGAAGCUAUUAAAGUAGGUCUUGAAUCUGCUGACGUCGACCAAUUCAAGAAUCAGUUUGCUCUUGCUACCUGGACCAUCCAGGGCUGUGCCAAUGCAUUGGCAGGGGAAGUAUGGGAUAUGGAUAAUGAAAUUUAGACAAGCAGAUUCAGCUUACCUCUUUAACAAUUUGAUAACUUUGAACCAUCACUCAAGACAAAAAAGGAAAAUUAAAGUAGAAAAUGAUAUUGGUGCUCUAUUAACGUGAAUUCAUGAUUAGAGGUUUACCUCAAUAUUUAAAACCGUAGUUGACCCAAGAAUAACAAUUCUGUCAUCCUUUACUCACCCUUAUGUCCUUCUAAACCUCUUCUGUGAAACACAACAUAAGAUAUUUUGAAAAACGUACUGGUUGCUCUUUUCCAUUAAAAUUACUGGCGAUUUCAAACUUCAAUACAGGACACAAGAGCACCAUAAAAUAUUAAAAAAAUAGCUCAUAUCACUCAUGUGCUAUAAUUCGUCCUUUGAAUCAAUCCAGUAUCUAUGUGUUAAGAACAGAACAAAAUUCAUAAGGGGUUAGAAUGACAUCAUGGUAAAUAACCCAGAAUUGUUAUUCUUGGGUGAACUGUUCCUUUAAGAUCUAGUUUAGAUUACACAAAUUUGGAAUGUUAUUGGUUUGUUACUUUCAUCAUUUUCAGACACCUUUUAGGAACUACUUUCACAAUAACCUAAACAGUCUGGAUUUUGAGGUUGAUGUUUUUCUUAUACAGGCUACAGUUAGACAACUAGCCAUUGUUAUUUUUGACUUACCUGUAGUGAUGACACACCUCCUAAAGCACAGUAUUUUUCCAAUUUUUCGGUUGAAUACGCUUUUUCAGGGGCAUUUCAGAUCAGUUCUGUCAAAUGGUAGAAAGAGGCUUUCCUAUGUGGCUCUGAAAUAUCUAUUUAUUAGUUGUUUUUUUUUUGUUUUUUUUUUUAUAAAUAUUUAUCAGUGACAGGGAUCACUAUAAAUAGCAUUUUGUAACGCCUUUUUAAACAAAUGUAUAAUUAUCGGAAGCAGUGCCUUCCAUAAUUAUGACAGUUAUACUGUCGAAAUGUGAAAGCAGCAUCUGCUAUGGAGAUAACCUUGUUUUCAAAAGCUAUGACCAGAAACUACCACAGUGCAUUUAAAUAAUAUAAUGAUGAUAAUAAUAAUAAACAAUUUUCAGAAAAUUACUGUUGUCCAUUAGUCUCUGGCAUCCUCCUUUUGAAUCAAUGUUAUACCUGAUCCAGAAUAAUUAUCGGGAGCAGUGCCUUCCAUAAUGCGAAGAAGAUGAUGGUAGUUUUUGCCUACCGAUGUGUUGAUAUCGAGGGCAGUGCCCCUCAUAUUUCACUGUGGUGUGGAUGUAAUUAUCGGGAACAGUGUUUCCCAUGAUGAUGUACAAAUCGUCUAUAUUCACACACUCUUACCAUACUAGUUAUCUGUUGUGAGUCAUGUAAUCUAUUGUCAGUUUCUCAUGAAUAAUCAAGUGCUGUUACCUUCUUCUGCCUUGGAUUAAUAAAAUGUGGAGUGGGUGAGGAUCACAGUAGAGAUUGAAAACUAGAGAAACCUUCUCUGUAAGAUCCUGCCAUGGCCUUCUAUAAGAUUCUGUUCUGUUCUCUUACUCGGUUUUCAUAUUUCUUUUGUUUCUGGUGUAUCAUUUACUUGUAUGUGCCUUGUAGAAUUAUGAAGCUUUAAAGAUUGAAAUACUUUUUUUUUUUUUUGUGUGUAUUUAACUUCACUCAAAUUGUAUUCAACAUCAAACUGGUAUUAAAUUGAAACUAUUAAGCUAAUUGUUUUUAUUGGUUACCUUUUGAUACCAGCGUCAUCUGUUUAUCAUAUCAUAUGGCCAUCAGAAGACAUCAAUAUGAAUCGAGUUGCAAGUGGAAAAUAAUGUUUAUGCUCUGAGAAAGACACUCAUGUGUAACUUUGAAAUACGUCCUGUUUGAACAGAAAACAAUGUGAAAGAGAAGAAAAUGGAGAUUAAAGAUUAUUCUAACAAUGUCUUGCAGUUUCAUGAUUGUGUGUAUGUCCAUAUCUUUUAAAAAGUUUCUGAAGAAUGCUAUGUAACGUCAGUAGUAUUGUUGUGGACAUAAUUGGUUUAUAACAUCACACAUGCACUGAUUCUCAGUUUUAUGAUAAGUCUGCAAGUGAUUAAUAAAAAGUCUGAACAACUCA